UUGAUCUUGACAAAGCCAUUCCAAGGAGCCCAUGUUUUGAAAAAAUAAUUUUGCUAGUUUAGCGUUUAAUCGCGUACAUUCGUCUUUUCGCGUAAGUCAGUCAAGUGUCACAGUAACAUCCAGUGGCUUUUGUGGAUGUUGUGGGGUUUUGUCUAGAGAGACAAACAAAAUAUCACUGGCUUCAGGAUGUUUCUGUUCUCCAAAAAGAAGAAACCCAGUGAGGAUUCCAUAAAACGCCUGGAGUACCAGCUGUGCUUGGCCAAAGAAGCAGGUGCCGAUGAUAUUCUGGACAUUUCUGCCUGUGAACUUACAGAGGUUCCCUCCAGUGCCUUCUCCUUAUGUAAAGUCCUCCAGAAGAAAGUCUUAAUUCUUCAUGGAAAUGACCUGAGGUCACUUGUUCCUAAAGGUUGCUGCAUUGGUGCCUUAGCGACUUUAAAGGUGUUGGACCUGCAUGAAAAUAAGCUCACAUCACUUCCUGAUGACAUUGGGAAGCUUUUGUCCUUACAGGUUCUGAAUGUAGAGAAGAAUCGCAUAAAACAGCUGCCGGACUCUAUAGGGGAUCUACGGUAUCUACAGACACUUAAUGUGAAAGAGAACAGACUUACUGUCAUUCCUGUGUCUGUGGGACACAUGAGCAGCCUGCGUACACUGGACAUAAGUGAGAACAGCAUUAGAGAAUUACCUAAAGAACUGGCCAGUGUUCGCACUUUGGAAAGCCUGAUCCUGGAUGCACAGGUUAUGAGCUAUCCACCUGUGUCAGUGUGCACCGCCGGCACAGAGGAAGUGCAGCGAUACCUCUGCUCAGAGAUGGGUCUGGAGUAUUGCCCUCCAUCUCAGUAUCUCCUGCCUGUGCUGGAGCAUGAUGGAGGGAAGCAGGAGGUGGAUUGUGUUGAUGGUGAAGAGAAAGCCUGGCAGAGCAAAUUCAUGGACUAUGAGAAAAGAAAGGAGCAGAAACAGCUGGAAAAGUUGAUCUUUGAGAAAGAUCUUGAAGAGAAACAGAGAGAGCACACUCAGCUCUUCCUCCUCAACAACUCCCGCAAAGAGGAUGUCUUGCUGUCUGUCAAACUGGAGCAGCAACGGUUGGAGUUAGGUGUGUCUCAGCAGCAGAAGGCCCAGGAAACAGAGAGGCAGAAAAUACUGGAUAAAGUACGUCAGGCAGAGAGCAAUGUCAUGAGUCGCAUCUCUGACCUCCUAUUUGAUAACAAACGCCAGGCAAAGAGCGCCGAGUUUCUGCAAGCUCUGGAGGAAGACCGUAUACGAAUGGAACACCUUACUGCCAUCACACAGGAUGAAGCCAACUCUCUUAGGAAGAAGGAAGUGGCAAGUGCCAUGCAGAGGAUGCUGUCAGAGAGCUACUCUUUAAGGUUACUGCAGGAGGCCAGGGAAGCCAAGACUCAGAUUCUGGUGUCUGAGACCUGCAGGAGUUUGGACUAUAUGGAUAAGAAGUUUGACCAAGUGUUGUCCCUGCAGCAGCUAGACAAAAGCAAAGCCAUUAGUCAGAUCCUUCAAGAGGAGGAAAUGCAGAAGGCUGCCUUUGAAGCCCUCCAACUCCAGAAGGACAGUGUGCAUGCUUAUAUCCGUAAUCAGAUUAAACUCAUAGAGGCAGAGUUAAUGCAGUUGACAAAGCUGGAGGUUAAGAGGAGGAAUUUGGACACUGAGAACCUGCAGGAGGUGCUGGCUGACCAGAGGACUGCUCUGACUGACCUGCUGCAGCAAUUACUCAAACAAAAGGACCAAAGGGAGGAGGAGCUCAGGAUGGUUUUGGUGGAGAUGGACCAGAAAAGUGAAUCCAAUCAGCAGAACUACUGGAUGAUCCAAUAUCAGAGGCUCCUGGACGCCAAACCUCUGUCUCUGCGGAUGCAGGAGGCAGCUGUGGAUGGGGAUCUGGGGAAUCUGCUGUGUAAACUCUCUGCUCAACACUACCUGCCAGUCAUAGCUCACCACAGAAUCACUGCUGAGGCUUUGCGACACAUGACCACCAAAGACCUUAGGAAGUUGGGGAUUAAUGAGGUUGGCGUGCAGAAAGCUCUUCUCCACUGGGCCAGAGAACGCACUCUGUCUGACCCAUUUCCUAAAACAGCAAAAGAGAUGCAGGAAGCUGGUCCAUCCACUCCAACUGCCCCUCUUCAACAGCAGCUCACUCCUCCACUGACCCCCAACACCCCCCUCACCCCCACUGCCCCAAGUCCUGACAGAUUCAGCAGUUCUGAGUGUGUGGUGUGCAUGGAACAUGAGUCACAGGUGAUCUUCCUGCCGUGUGGCCAUGUAUGCUGUUGUCAGACUUGCAGCAGUGCCCUGCAGUCCUGCCCUCUGUGCCGUGGCUCUAUAUCUCAGCGUGUCCGUCUUUACCACGGCUGAAGAUGGGGAGCGUCCUUCCAUGGUCAGCAUCAUACAUCAUGUGUUGUUGUUGUUCCUUCCUCCCAUUUGCUGCAUGAAAUCGUAGUAUGUGAACCUUCAAGCACUUUAGAAUUUACUGGAUUUUUUCUUACACUCCCACUUCAACUAGCCAAUCAAAAAGGAACUUAUACAGCAAGACAUUUGUCCAAUGGGAAGUUUUAUUGUUCAUCAUAAUCUAGUCACAUUCCAAGAAAUUAACAGCAAGAAAGUAUUUGUUACUCAAACCUAAUAGGAAUAGAUAUAUUAUAAUGACUGUUGAGCUUUAGUAUCGCCCUUAAUGUACCUACUAUAAGCACUUGUGCCUCUUCUGUAUGUGAUGUCAACUCAACCCCCGUCCCCCCACUACAUUUUAAAUAUAUGCAUGUUCUCUAUAGUAAAACUAAAUCUUCAUAUACUCACCACAGUCCGCCCUAUGCCCUGCCCUCCAUGUUAUUCUAGCAUCAUCGUAGUACAGUAAGAUCAAAUUUAUCACCAUUCAGGGACGUUCACACCACGGGUGAUAACUGUAAUUAUAACGUUUUAAUCAUCAUUCUAAUUUUAUGAGAAUUGUCACACCACAGCUAUAAUGAGAACAUCACAGAGGAACUAUACAAUUAGAAUCAUUAUCACAACAAUUUUUUCCAACUGAUGAACACCAAUCAGAAUCUGCCGGACUUUAGCAUUUAAAGUGGACACUGACAUAACUACAAUGCACACUUAUAAUAAACAGAACGUUGACGUCCGUUGGUGUGGAUGCUAAUACAGUUAUGGUUAUAGUUAUCUACAAUGCACACUUAUAAUAAACAGAACGUUGGCAUCCGUUGAUGUGGAUGCUAAAAUAGUUAUGGUUAUAGUUAUCUUUAUCCUUACUGUUCUCUGUGUGAAUGGGCCUUUACCCUGCAGUGCCAGUAGAGAGUAUUUUAAUACUUCAACCAAUUAUGUUAAAGUAAUUUUUAAUUUUCAUUUCUAAUGUAAGAUUUACAUUUUCAGUAUAAAUGUGACUCUAUGAAUACAUUUUAAUUUACAGAACAGAGCCUUAUAAAGACUUCAACAUUGAAAUAUUUUGAACUGACUUUGCAAAAGAGGCUAAUCGGAAAUUAUAGGUUGAAGCUGAAACCUUUCUGAAGGCACUGUACUUGCUAUAUAAUGCUCCAAACAUUCAUCCUAACAAAUGCACUGUCAGUCCUUUUAUACUGUCGACUAUCCAGUUUCAGGAACUUAAGUAUUGCACACACGCAAUAGUGUUUCCUAAAUCUGUGUACUUCUGUGAACCUCUCUUCAUUCAAGUGCUCUUAUAUGCAAGUCUGCUUCUCACUGAACAUGCACAGAAUGAAAAAAAGAACUUGAUCUGUCUGUAAAUAAAACAAUAUUCAUUAAAUUUCUUAUUUCAAGAAAUGAGCUUUAAGUGUUUAUCAGCUUGAUAAAAUCACAUCACAAAAUUUUAAUCCGUGUGCUUUGUGUGAUAGUUAUGCUUUAUGGAUCAGACUGGACAAAUAUUUUAUUUGCUGUGCAUCUGUCAUUUAAGAAAAAGAAAAAAACCGAUGAAAGCAUCAGAAUGCUUAGUAUAAUGUGUAAAAGGAGUUACUGUAGUAUAAACUACCCUCUGAUGGCAGGUUAUUGUCAAUUAUAUACACACUGUAGUCUUGCUCUUUUAUUUUUUUUUGUCAUAAGAACUAAUAAAGUUUCUGGACAUUUUAUACAACACAAAUGACUUUAUCUGUGAUGACAAAGUGAGAUUGUUAAUUUCAUUUACAAUAUAUGUGCUGCCAUUUCGUGUUUUCCUUUGUUGUCUAUAUAUUCAAAAUAAAAUGUAAUUUUUUUUAGGUUUUAUAAUUGUACCCAACCAACCACAUCCAUUGAAGUGCUGCCUAUUCAUUUUUAAGUGCUGUCACACCUGUCAGACCCCAAAAUAAACCCGCUAGAC